UUGAACACACUGAGACGCCAGAGUACCAUCUACGAGACCAGUGAGAGAGCUGGACCACCGAACAAGCCGUACAACGCUCCUAAAAGCACCAUGUCGGCCAUCUGUUUCGUCUGCAACCUGCCGAUCCUGAGCCACCAGGUCGGCCUCGUCUGGAAGGGCGGCAACGGCGCCGACGAGUUCGCCGCCUCGCAGCCGAUCCCGAUCCGCCGGCGCGACUCGUCCUCGCAGAUCGCCACAUUCGAGCCGCCCUCGCCGCCGGGCCGGCCGCGCCGCCGACGUCGCUCCUCCCUGGCGCAACUCACCGACCUCAUCCGAGACUGGGGCCGCGGCGGCGGCGGAGAGCGCAAGAGGGCCGACCUCAGCCGCAGGGAGACCCUGGCUGACUUUGCGCGCUCACUGCCGUUCGGAAGGCGAGACUCGGAUUCGCGCGAGGCGCCGCGCUCGAAGGCCGGGAGGCGUCAGUCGCUGGCCGACGCUCAGUUCAAAUCGCGCCGCGCUGUGGAGCCGGGAUCCGAUCUGAAGACUGAUAUCUCAAAACUGCUGGCAGGCCGAGACAGCGUCACUGAGCUGUGGCGCAAACGGCGAGAGAUCCAGGUGCACUCGGAGCGCGAGGAGCUGCGCUCGCGGCGCGAGUCCGCCGCGUCCGCGGGUCGUCGUGACUCCAAGCCUGCCGUCUCACCCGACGGCAAAUACAUUGAACCUCGCGCGCUGAUCGAGGCUCGCCAGGCAGCGCUACUCGGACAGUCAGAUGACGGCGCGUCGAAGCGAGACGGUGCAGUCACCCUGAGCGCGGCUAAUGUAUCAGAAGGCAGGCACAGUCCGACGGCGCCGACGUCGGCGAUCCUCCACCGCACCUCGCUGCCCACCAUCACGCCUCUGGCGCGGCGUGGCGACGCCCGGCCGCGAGCCUGCAUCUCUCCAGAGCCGACACUCUCCUAUCGGGGUCGAGAUGGAUCUCCCAAACAGGCGCUGCUGCGCCGGCAGGCCACCGCCUUCGACGAGGGCUGCUCGCUGGUGGUGGGUGGCCGGCGCGGCUCUCGGCCCUACCUGUCGCCGGACCCGGCAGAGGCGGACGGUGCCGGUACGGGCAGGGGAGGCGGUCGCCGGCGCGACUCGCUCUCCCCGGACAGCGCGGCCGAGGAGAUGAACCAGGCCAGGAGGAUGAAGAGCCGCCGCCAGUCCAGCGAGGACGCCACCGGCCGCGCCCGCAGGGGUAGCCACCACGCCCUGCACAGGUCACCAGAGGGCUCGAGCACAGGCAGCUCGCGGGAGCCGUCUCCCAACUCAUCUGUGCGUCGACAGUCCACUACAGAGGAGAUCCUUAUAGCCAAGGGUUUCCGUCGCCAAUCGACCACCGAGGACAUUAUUCGGUGUCGCAACUUCCGGCGCCAGUCGACGCUGCUGGACGAGGCGGCGCGCUGUCGCGGUCGACGUGACUCGGCCACGCAGAUACUGGACGGCACCGUCGCCACUAUGACCGUGGAGUCGGCCGGCGUCGUCUACGACACGUCCACGCAGACAGAACAAAGCUCGCUGUAUGACAACAACCAGUAUCACGAGGAGUGCCUGCGCUGCAACUCAUGCGGCCAGAACCUGACCGGCACCAACCAGAAGAGGGCGCGCCGACACCGCAAUAAUAUCUACUGUGAUCUCCAUUUCGCUGACCUUGCCCUGAUGGAGAGCUCGGACUUUAUGAACCAGCUGCGCGCCUUCAAGCCUCAGAGUCUGGGCUGCGCCGUGGCCCGUCGCAAGAGCUCCACGACGCUCAUCUUCCCGCUGCCGCCACAGGCCUGUUCAGAUGAAUUCUGCCGUGGCUACCCGCACAAUCUUCUACCCACGCCCGGCUACUGGAUCGAGUGUGCCGGCCAGCCGCUGGACGAACACGUCAUCUGGGACGCCGAUGAGGGAGACGUCAGUGAAGACCAGGACGCCGACCUGGAGCCGCCGUCCGGAAAGUGUAACCAGACCGUACAGGCCGGGUCGGAGGACGGUGACGACUACUCGCCCGCCUCCCACCGGCUGCUGCGCGUGCCCACCAUACGCGCUCCCAACCGCGAGAAGACUCCCAUCGAGGAGCACUUCGACAAGUACGGCACGUUCGAGCUCACAUCGAUCGAACAAGAGACGUUCGAGAAGUAUUUCUACGGCACCGAGCACUGGAACUACUUCACUCAGGACGAGGACCUGGGGCCGAUCAUCCUGAGCUUGAAACAGGAGACCAUCAACGGCAGGGACCAGUUCAGGAUCAUGGUGCGGGCCAUCAGCUACACGGUACACGGCCUCGUGCCGGCCUCGUGCGUGUUCGCCGACCGCUACAACCGCGAGGAGGUGGUGCGAUCACUGGGCAACGAGAUCAACCUGAACCCGCCGCUGCUGCUCAGCCAGCUGCCCGACAUACCCGAGGAGCUGCUCAAACUCGACCAGGUGUUUAUCAAGUCAGAGCUCAAGGUGGGCGUUGUUUAUGUAAAAGAAGGUCAAUAUACGGAGGAGGAGAUUCUAGAAAACAACGAGAACAGCCGACUAUUCGAUGAAUUUUUGUCGGUACUCGGCGACAAAGUACGACUAAAAGGGUUUGAUAAAUACAAGGGAGGUCUGGACACGGUGCACGACCUCACCGGAUUGACCUCCGUCUACACGCACUGGAGAGGCAUCGAAAUAAUGUUCCACGUCUCCACGCUGCUGCCGUACGAGGAACACGACGCGCAGAAGCUACAAAGGAAGCGACACAUUGGCAACGACAUUGUGUGUGUGGUGUUUCUGGAGGCGGACAACACGAGCUUCUCUCCCGCCUGCAUCAAAUCGCACUUCCUGCACACGUUUAUCGUGGUCCGGACCAGCCCGAAAAUCAAGUUCAAGCCCACCAGAUAUGAGGUGUCUGUGGUGUCCAGGGACGAGGUGGGCGCCUACAAGCCCUACCUCUGGGAACAGUCCACCUUCGAGAAGGGCGCGCUCUUCAGAGAGUGGAUCUGCACGAAAAUCGUCAACGGCGAGCGGGCCAGCUACUCGGCACCCAAGUUCGCGCGCAUGCAGGAGCGGACCCGCAGUCAGAUGCUGGAGGACAUAGUGACGAACGUGCAGAACCACGCCGAGACGGGACAGAUCCCCAAACCGUACAGACGCGGCUCGUGGCGACCCAUCGGCCACAUGCGGCCGUCCUCACCUCUGCUGGACUCGGUCCGUGACCUGUUCGAGGGCUACGACCAGCUGGCUAAGGACUUCACCAAGGCCUUCCACAACCCCGAGGAGGGCAACGUCCUGUACGACGUCACCUUCCUCGUCGGCCAGGGCAAACAGAAGACGCGGAUGCACGGCGUUCGGGCCAUCUUGGGAGUCAGGAGCAGGGUGUUCCAGGAGAUGCUGUACGGCUUCAGCACCGGCUUCGGCUCGCCACAGGUGUCCGUGGCAGACAUCCUGGCGCGCGCAGUGCCCACCCUACACAGCCCCUCACACAAGCCGAAAAGCUCCAAUUUCCUGCAGGUGCCCGACAUUGAGUCGCCAAGGCCCAAGAGCGUGCCGAACUCCCCGAUGGUGAUCCGGGCGUUCAACCGGCUGGGCAGCAUCACCGCCGGGUGGGGACGCACCAGCAAGAAGCCGCCCGACGCCGGCCGCCUGUCUGUCGACGACAGGAAGAAGUGGGCCAGCAACCAGGACUGCUCAGAUAAGACCAAGGUGGACCGGCCGGGCGGCGGCCACCUCUGCGCGCCGCCGACGCAGCAGCAGCCGCAACACCAGCUGGCCGUACCGCGACUGUCCGUCUGCGCUGACGAACAGAAGGUGGACCGCUCCAAACUCUGCCAGAGCGAGUUCAUGAUUAUCGAGUUCGAGGCGGAUACAUUCGGUGUGUUGCUCGACUACCUCCAUCACGGCUCGUGUCCGCUGACCUGCACCAACGUACCGGGCCUGAUCUGCGCCGCCGAACACUACGACCUGCCCGAGCUACUGCAGGCCUGCUUCCACCACGCCAAACAGUUCCUCCGCGUACAGGUGGUGUGUGCCAUGCUGGGAGCGCUGGAGAACUACUACUGGCGCUACACGUCCGCCUCCGAGCUGGUCAACAUGAUUCUGGCGUUCAUCGAGACGCGCGCUGCUCAGGUGUUCCAGUCCGCCGACUUCCUCGGUCUCUCCGAGUCCAUGGUGCAGAUGAUCAUGUCCCGCAACCUGGAGACACCCGAGAUCCGCAAAUUCGAGGUGAUGCUUCAGUGGACCAAGCACAAAGUGCGCACCAAGGCGCCCAACCGGGUCGACGCCCGAAUCGAGUUCAAGUGCACCAUGGAGCGACUGACUCGGGACCUGAAACUGUACCGCAUCUCGCCCCAGGAGCUCAUCAAAAUCGUCCUCCCCAGCAAGGCCAUCAAGAACGAGCGUAUCCUGGAAACGCUCAUGUUCCAGGCCAACUCUGGCAUGUACCGCAUCCAGGACAGCUAUCUGGAGGCCUGUCAGCAGAAGAUGAGUCGACAGGACUCCAAGUUCAGCAGCGAGUGGGGCUCGUUCGAUAACGGCUUGUAGCCGCGCUGGCCGGCCGGCCGCCGGUGCCUGAUACGCUUACAGACUCAACUAGAUGUAGCCACUGAAUGUAUUUUCGUAAUGGCGCGGGUGCGCCGAGUGUCGCUUUUCGUGUGGCCAGUGUUGGGUGGCUGGCGAGGACCAUGGGCUGUCUGUUGGCUGGCAGGGGUGGUCGCCGGUCAGUGGUGUCUGCUGUCCUAGCUGUGUGCGGCUGCAAGGUGGUCGCUUUGGCCGAAUACUCGUAUGUCGCCAUUGACGGCCCAGUGUGCAUACGUUGUUCUCGACAGCGACAAAGUGUCACCAUUCCCCGACGCAGCACACCGUUUGACCUCAGUGUGUCGAUACAGCUUACCCGAUUCAGACCAACAGCAGUGCACGUUCAGCGGGAAACAGCAGAGAAGACUGACCGGCGACCCUCCUAGCCAGCCGACCCAUGGUCCGAUGCUGGUUCUUACCCGGUACACAGCUCCCAAAACGGAAAGCGCCAGUUUGUUGUUAGAGAGGUGUUCCAUUCCUGUUGGCUGUUGUGUUGAGUGUUCGAGCUUGUUUUCUGCAUAUUGUUCUUAUGUAGUUGUUGUAUUUUUGGAUGGAUUUUAUCGUUGUAUACCGUGACUGCUACUCAUUUGCUAUGCGACAAACAUUUAUGUACUCUGACGAUUCUAUUGUACGCUCUGUAUCUCCAAUGUUAGGGAUCGACCUACUUACGAUGUUUCGAAAAGCGAAGUUCAAGAUGUGUUGCACUUGAAGAAGAAAAUUACUGUGACUACGCUUACUUAAUGACAACAGUUAUACAUGGUACGACAAUGCAGUCAACGGUUCGAUGUAUGUUGUCUCCUCACCUCCAUGUAACUGGCUGCCACAUACGACCAUUCCAUGCACUGAGUUGGCAUUUUGCGCGCAGAAUUUUUACGUUAUAUUGGUACAGUCACGUUAUCUGUGUAUGGUAUGAGUGAGAAACCGGUAAGAUGUGAGAACAUGCUAGAGGUCAGAAGGAUGGAGGGUGAGAUUAGUUACACCGUUGUCCCUUGCAUUGCUGUAAGCGUGCCUAUAUGUAUAUCGAACGUUGUGCAUGGUGUAAGUGUCCAGAUUGUUCAGUGUGGAGCGCAAGUAAAUGGUUACUCAGAGUAAAUGACUACCUUCAAACUGAGAGAGACUGGCGCAAGUGCAGGGAUACUGGGACUAGAGGCAAACUUGGUUCGACUGACGAGACAUGAUGUGCAAAUUGUGUGUCAGCGAGUACUGGAUACGACUGUAACCGCGUGCGUGUGCUGAGAGAAAGCGUAGGAACCCAGGCAACCAGCGCACAGCAACUCACAUGGUGUUAUGUCUAUUUUUGUAAAUGCUGCUCGAAAAUGAUAAUCGAACCAGAGAUGCUGUCUUUUGCAAAUACAAACACACUUGUUGGUG